AGUGACUUCGAGCCUUGCCGAAGUGUCAGUCUUCCACUGUCCCCACAUUCGCUUUGGUGUACAAAUUUGUUUGCCUGUGGUGAGCUUUCGUCUCGUGUGUGAUUUUCGACACUUCCGCCGGGGAAGAGAGGCCCAACAAGUGACGUAACCCCGUCGUAGCACAAUAAAGGAUUCGUCAGCACCGGGGACCUGCGAUUUCCCUUUCCUCGCUUGUUUCGUCGGAAAUUAAGUGGAAGAAGCCUCGUCUAUUCUUUCGAGAUGUCUGGGACGCCCAUUUAUGCAGGUUUGAUUGUCGUCGUCACCGUGGCGGUGAUGGUCACUGGCGCCGAGCCGUCCAUGUCUCCUGGAACCCUGUUGGACGCCUUCAAGUAUUUCAGGAAGUCGUCGACUCGGAGUUUGCCGAUCCCGAUGGAGGACAACGUUUCCAUGGACCUGAUCAACAGCUUGGAUGCU